UGUUUUCUGCUCUUCAGACACCGCCACGCGUUCCAAGUCAGGAGCUCCAAUGAAGCAGCCAAGCAAAUUGGCAGCGGAAUGCCAGAGCGCCGGCUACCCUGGGACACUCAUCCCCUACAAGUGUGAUCUCUCCAACGAAGAGGAGAUCCUGUCCAUGUUCUCUGCCAUCAAGACGCUUCACCAAGGUGUUGAUGUGUGCAUCAACAAUGCAGGGCUGGCUCGCCCUGAGCCCCUGCUCUCAGGGAAGACCGAGGGCUGGCGGACGAUGAUAGACGUCUUUGUGAUGGCUGUAAGCAUCUGCACCAGAGAGGCCUACCAGUCCAUGAAAGAGAGAAACAUUGAUGAUGGGCAUAUAAUUAACAUUAACAGCAUGAAUGGGCACAGUGUUGUGCCACAGUCCGUGGUGCAUUUUUACAGUGCCACCAAGUAUGCAGUUACAGCUCUCACCGAGGGGCUGAGGCAAGAACUCAGAGAAGCAAAGACUCAUAUACGAGCUACAUGUAUAUCUCCAGGAUUGGUGGAAACAGGAUUUGCUUUUAAACUUCAUGAUAAUGACCCUGAGAGAGCUGCUGCAACCUAUGAGAGCAUUCGGUGUCUCAAAGCUGAAGAUAUGGCUAAUGCUGUCAUAUAUGUCCUCAGUGCCCCACCUCAUGUACAGAUUGGAGAUAUACAGAUGAGACCCACAGAGCAGAUAUCGUAGCAGGUGAAGAGGACCAUGAGCAGCACCGUGAAUCCACUCCACUUCGAGCCCUCAGGCAGCUCAGGGUUCCUCAGCUGGCUGGCAAUGUUUUAAUCAAGUACCAAGGAUUAUGUUUGAAGAACUAUUUUUCUCUCCCUCUCUCUGAGCUGGUGCUGGUGCUGAGCCAGUUUGAAAAGAAACAUAGCAGUGGGUCUCUUUCUCCCCCACUCCUUUCUGAAACUGCUUAAGAGUAAAAUGUGUUUGCAAAUAAUGCAGGGAAGUGGUUUGUG